AUGUCCUCUGUCGGUGUACCUAUUAAGGUUUUGCAUGAUGCUGAGGGGCACGUUAUUACAUUAGAGACGGUCAAUGGUGAAGUUUUUCGUGGAAAACUAAUUGAAGCUGAGGACAACAUGAAUGUUCACAUGCAAGAGAUCAUAAUGACUGCCAGAGAUGGCAAAACCUCGAGUCUCCAACACGUGUACAUCCGCGGAAGCAAAAUAAGGUUCCUUAUUUUGCCUGACAUGCUAAAAAAUUCUCCAAUGCUGAAAAGGCCUCUCGGUGCUCGUGGUCUGGGAACUGGACGUGGCAAAAAUGUCAUCGUUCGUGCUGGCGCUCGUGGCCGCGCUCGUCCUCUUCGUGGUGCUCCAUUCAUCAGGCGUUAA